UUGUUUGAACUGUUGUAUUAAUUCUAAGUUAAUGUUAAAUACCUUAUCAAUGUAUGAGUAGCCAUUAAGUAAAUGUAGAUGACGAGGACCUAAAAUGAAAUUCUUGGCAGUGAUUUUAUGUAUUCAUUGUUUAACAUUGAUAUAUUCUUCCGGACAAUAUUUACUUUCUUCUUCGUACUUCAUUAAACAAGGGCAUGUUUCCGAAACCACUGAUCUGGGCGUUUUCGCGGUUCACAAACUCGAAAUUCCGUCUAUUGUAGAGUGUGCAUUGCAGUGUGGAAUGAAAUUACUUUGUAAUGCUUUUGACCUUUGUACCUUUGACGGUUAUUACACGUGUCGAUUCCGCAGUGGACACGCAAACCUUUCAAAUACCACUACACGAUGUGAACUUUUCGAAAAUACAACUAACAAAAACUGCCACAAUGGAGCACUCUUUGGAGCUCAAGGACCGUGUGAGAUCAGUAAGUUGAUGUCACAAGAUACUGAUGAGUGCCAGAAUGACCCAUGUCUUAACGGAGCUACAUGUACGAACACACCCGGCUCAUUCAAUUGUACAUGUGACGCCGGAUGGACCGGGAUAAUUUGUAAUGAAGAUAUCAAUGAAUGUCUGGACAAUCCUUGUCACAACGGGGGAACAUGCAGUAACAACGCUGGAUCUUUCACGUGUACAUGCGCAGGUGGAUUCACAGGAGCACUCUGUAAUGAAG